AUGUACCCUGGUGGUUACACUGCUGAAGUUACAAGCUUAUCCCCUAAAGCUACAGAGCAGGAUGUUUACGACUUUUUCAGUCAUUGUGGUGCAGUUGAGCAUGUUGAAGUCAUCAGAUCUGGUGAAUACGCCUGUACUGCAUAUGUGACAUUCAGAGAUGCGUUUGCUCUACAAACUGCUGUGAUGCUCAGCGGAGCUAGCAUUGUAGACCAAUGUGUAUCCAUAACACGCUGGGGAAGUUAUAUUGAUGAAUCUGAUCCUUGGAACAAUCCAUACAACCCUGAAGGCAACACUAGCUCAAUGGCUUUUCACACAAGUGAGUUCGUUUCUACUCCUGGAGAAGCAAUAACAGUUGCUCAGGAAGUUGUCAAAACAAUGGUAGCCAAGGGAUAUGUUUUGGGCAAGGACGCAUUAACAAAGGCCAAAGCUUUCGACGAGUCCCAUCAAGUCUCAGCUACUGCAGCAGCCAAGGUUUAUGAGCUAAGCAAUAGAAUUGGGCUCACUGAGAAAAUCAAUGCAGGCAUGGAAGUUGUUAAAUCCACAGACGAGAAGUUCCAUGUUUCCGAUAUCACCAAAUCGGCCGCAACUGUUGCUGGAACAGCAGCAGUGGUAGCAGCCACAGUUGCUGGGGAAGCAGCUGUGGCAGCAGGAAGCGCUCUAGUCAAUAGCAGCUUCUUUGCCAAGGGAGCUCUGUGGGUUUCAGAUGCAUUGACUCGUGCAAGCAAAGCUGCAGCUGAUUUGGGUUCUCAUACCAAUGGCCUUUCAAAAUGGUUGAGAAACAAUCUUGCUGGUUUUUCUUUUGACCAUGUUAUCUGCUUUGACCAUAUCAUCUCAUUGACCAGUCUUGGAAGGCAAGCAUCCCCUGGAUGGUCAGCAACUAUGGCUUGA